UCAGACCAGGAUGCAGAGUUGUAGUCUUCCACACCUCUCUGCAGUUUCCUCUCAGCUGUCACCCUCCAGGAAUUCAGUUAGCUUUAUUGAGACUGUGUCUGUCCCCCGACCACCAAAAUUCAAUAAAUUAAGCAAAUCAAAAAUAAACAAAAGACAUAGUAACCAUAAAAAUCUAAUUAAAAUUAAUACCACUAUUUCAACUGAGCGAAGAAACAGGACAAUUAAAUGUGGUCUGUUAAAUAUUAGAUCUCUCUCGUCUAAAUCUCUGUUAGUAAAUGAUUUGAUAACUGAUAACCAGAUUGAUUUGUUCUGUUUGACUGAAACCUGGUUGCAGCAGGAAGAAUAUGUUAGUCUAAAUGAAUCAACUCCUACUAGUCAUACUAACUGUCAUGUUCCUCGAAUCACGGGCCGAGGAGGAGGAGUGGCAGCAAUUUACCUCUCUAGCUUAAAAAUGAACCAGAGACCUAAACCUAGUUACAGUUCAUUUGAAAAUCUUACUCUCAGUCUCUCUCAUCCAGAUUUAAAAGCUCAGAAACCAGUUUUAUUUGUUGUUGUAUAUCGUCCUCCUGCUCCUUCCUCUGAGUUUUUAUCUCAAUUCUCAGACUUUUUAUCUGAUUUAGUGCUCAGCUCAGAUAAAGUCAUUAUUGUGGGUGACUUCAACAUUCAUGUUGACGUGGACAGUGACAGCCUUACGACUGCUUUUAAUUCAAUAUUAGACUCAAUUGGGUUUUCUCAACAUGUAAAUAAACCAACUCAUAGUUUUAAUCAUACCCUUGACCUCGUUCUGACUUAUGGCAUAGAAAUCAAACAGUUAACAGUAUUUCCCCGGAACCCUCUUCUUUCUGACCAUUUUAUGAUAACAUUUCAAUUUACAACAAUAGAUUGUAUAGGAGUUAAGAAUAAAUAUCAUUACAGUAAAUGUCUGUCUCACAAUUCGGUGACUAAAUUUAAGGAAAUAAUACCCUCUCUAUUUAGUCCAGCACCACUUACUGAUAUAAUGGAAGGGAAAUAUUAUAAUUUUACCCCCACAGAAGUGGAUUAUAUUGUUAAUAAUGCUGCAGCCUCACUGCGUACAACACUUGAUAGUGUUGCACCUGUAAAAAAGAAAGUUCUAUCUCAGAGAGGACCUGCUCCUUGGUAUAAUUCCCAGCUGCGGACUUUAAAGCAGGCGUCCCGAAAGCUGGAAAGGAAGUGGUACUCCACUAAUUUAGAGGAAGUUUAUGUAGCUUGGAAAAAAGUCUAGUAAUUUAUAAAAAAGCUCUUCGUAAUGCCAGGACAACAUAUUAUUCAUCUUUAAUAGAGGAAAACAAGAACAACCCCAGGUUUCUCUUCAGCACUGUAGCCAGGCUGACAAAGAGUCAGAGCUCUGUUGAAACUUG